AUGAAGGGCUGGUUCCAGACCCUUGUUCUUGCUGCAUCGUUAGCAGGCCGAGUCGUCGCAAAUGAGUCUGAGAUAAAACAAGAUGAUGCUCACCGACAACGAUGUUCAGGCAUGUACAGCCGGAAAGCCUGGGGCGGUGAUAUCGAUCCAUUCAUCCUCACCAAAUUUCUCAAAGUCGAAGACGACACCACAGAUCAGGAUAUACUCGUUAGCUUGGUGAUAUUCGAAUGGGGUGAUGAGGAAUUAAUAGGUCGACCAAUUCCGGGAAACCCUGAUGAGAUAGCUACGAUCUGUGACCAAGUGAAAGUCGAUGCCGGCCUCUGCUCCCAAGAAGAAUUAGGAUCUUUCAUACUCGCUGAGAACGCUACGGAAGCUUCGAAAUUGCCCAUCUUGUCCAAAGCCAUCAAUCUAAAGGACCCUGCCGCUAUAAACUAUCCAGUGAAGAAGACCGGCUUCUACUGUGUCAGUACAUAUGCUUUUUCUGGGCACGACUAUCAAGGCGUUGUUGAAUUUCGAAACGCAUAUGGUGAACUUCCGGCUGCUCAAAUCGCAAAAUUGCCAUUCUAUGGAGGGCUUACCAUCGUAUAUGCGGUGUUUGGAGUUUUCUGGGCCUUUCUUUACGUCCAGAACCGACACGAUAUUCUACCUGUCCAGAACUAUAUUACAGCUAUUCUCAUCUUCCUCGUUGUCGAAGAAGCAAUUACCUGGGGAUUCUACGACUAUCAAAACAGUCAUGGAUCCAAUGCAUUUGCCAAAGUCCUAAUGAUCAUCGUAGCUAUUCUUAAUGCUGGUCGAAACGCUUUUUCAUUCUUCUUGCUUCUCAUUGUCUGCAUGGGCUAUGGAGUCGUCAAACCAUCUUUGGGAAGAACAAUGAUCUGGGUUCGAGUGCUCGCAAUCACACACUUCGUCUUUAGUGUGAUUUACGGCAUUGCAAGUCUUACAAUUACCCCCGACAGCGCUGGUCCUCUAGUGCUACUGGUCAUUCUUCCACUUGCAGCGACUUUAACAGCUUUCUAUGUUUGGACACUCAACUCGCUGAAUAUGACCAUGAAGGAUCUGGUUGAACGGAAGCAAAAGACCAAAGCGAUGAUGUACAAGAAGCUAUGGUGGUGUAUCCUCGGCAGCAUCAUUGUGAUAUUUGCUUUCUUCUUUAUCAACUCAUUCGCCUUUGCUGGCCGGAGUGCGGCCAACUUCGUCCCGGAUCACUGGAAGACGAGAUGGUUCGUUUUGGAUGGAUGGCUAAAUCUCGUCUAUCUAUUUGAUAUUGCAUUCAUUUCCUACUUGUGGCGCCCGACUGCUAACAACAGGCGAUUUGCAAUGAGUGAUGAGCUCGCCCAAGAUGAUGAUGGCUUCGAGAUCCGCUCUCUCGCCAACUCUCUUGACGAAGAAGGUGCUAUGCCACUAAACGAUGAGUAUGAACGUUACUCUCCAGAAAGAGAACUGUCACCUGUACCACCAAAACCCGUCCAGCCUGCUCCUCAGCAACGUGAGUCUCUGGAUGGUGAGACCAUAUUUGCAGUCGGCGAAGAAGAUGGUGACAAGUUCAGUGAUGACGACGACGAUGAUGACUUCCGGAAAUCUUCCGAGGAAACGAGAAAGCUGACCGGGGGUUCACAUUCUUAG